AUGGCAAAGGCGAAACUGCGAGGAAGAUUGCUGCGCAUGCACUACUUCGCAAGCAGUAGCAGUAGCAGUAGCAACAGCAGCAGCUGCGGCGAUGCGUGGGAGGCGCCUACCGAGUUUCAGUCGCGUAACGUGAGCUGGUGGAAGGCUGUGGAGGUGGUGUUGGCGCCGCACACCGCCGAGGCGCAGAUUCGGCUGUCGCUGAGCGGAUUAAAUGUGGUGGUCGAGUUGGUGGACAACAAGUAG